UCUCUAAACAAAACAAUUUGUGAAAAUUUCAAAGAGAUUUCUCAUCACAAUUACUGGGGAAAAAAAAGAUAAUAUUUAAUCUAAACAAAAGAAGAAGAGAACCUGAUGGGGUUCAAAAAAUGCUUCUUCUUGUUUCUCUUCUUCCUUCUCGUUGGCUUGGCUUCCCCUUCCCCAUUCUACAUCAAAAAUGACGUGCUUGAGGCUCGUGUGCAAACGGGGCGUGCCCUUCUUCAGCAACAAGGAAAUUGUCCUGUUGAUUUUGAGAAGGAGAACUACACCAUUGUAACAAGCCAAUGCAAAGGACCUCACUACAAUGAAACUCUAUGUUGCAAUGCAUUCAAGCAAUUAGCCUGCAACCAUAUGGAUGAAAUAAAUGAUGUGCAAAAUGGUUGUGCAACAAUUAUGUUUAAUUACAUUAAUCUAUAUGGGAAAUAUCCACCUGGUCUUUUUGCCAAUAUGUGUAAGGAAGACAAAAAAGGCUUAAAUUGUGAUAAUAUCACUCCUCCUGAAGGAAAUAAACCUGAGGAACAAAAGAGCAAUUCUGCAAAAGGCAGUAAAUCCUCUAUGGUACUAGUGCUAAUUGCUACCAUUCUAAUCAUACUGUUUAACAUUUGAAGGAACUUUUAUUUUUAUUGCUCUAAGUAAUUCUUUCAUAUACUUCAGUAUAUACUAUGCUGUUGAGAUGUAUAUUCAAUCCCUAUAAUUGGGAUCUGUAAUUCUUCAUUCACAUUCUGUGGAGUUUUAAUAUUUCCUUCUAUAUAUUGCUCAAUGGUGAAUUCUACAUA